AUGGCUGAAGCAGAUAACACCACUCCCUCCAUGCAUGACCCGAAAAACACACCUCCAGAUUCUAGUCUCGGUGGCGAGACAGAAAGAGACACCGAAGACCCUCGAGGCUCAGUUCCCGAUGGACCCCCCGAUGGCGGUGCUGCUGCAUGGCUGGUUGUCCUGGGAGCCUGGUGCUGCUCCUUUUCCAGCCCAGGCUGGAUCAACAGUGUGGGCAGCUUCCAGCAGUAUUACGAGGUUGGACCUCUGAAGAACUACUCCAGCAGUACUAUUGCUUGGAUUCCAUCCCUCCAAAUCUUUUUCCUGUUCGCCUUAGGACCUAUUGUCGGCAUUUUAUUCGACAAGCAUGGACCGAGACCUCUCAUCGUUGGUGGAACACUUCUUCACGUCUUUGGACUGAUGAUGGCGUCGUUGGCCAAGACGUACUAUCAGUUCAUCUUGUCCCAAGGAGUCUGCAGUGCUAUCGCGCUUGCCUGUAUGACCACCUGGUUCUCCAAGAGGCGUGGGGCAGCUAUGGGUAUCAUGGCAACAGGUUCAUCAGUCGGCGGCGUCAUCUUCCCCAUAAUGAUCAGCCGCAUGAUCAAGAGCACCGGAUACCCUUGGGCGAUGAGAACUGCCGCCUUUCUCAUUCUCGGUUUGCAAAUCAUUGCGAUCAUCACGGUCCGUCCGAGAACGAAGCCAGUGCCCAAAAAGAUGCCCGCCGGCCGUUAUGCUGCACCCUUCACAGAGAUCCCGUUUGUCAUGCUACUAUUGGGAAUAUUUGUGUUGACUUAUGGAAUAUUCAUCCCCAUCGAUUAUUUAGCUGUUCAGGCCUUCCAGGAGGCGCACGUAUCGGAGGAAAUGGCUCAGUACUUGGUGUCCAUCUUCAACGCCGCAAGCCUUUUCGGUCGUCUUGUCUCCGGCUACGGCGCUGAUAUAAUCGGAAGAUGGAACAUGUUCAUCAUCGCUUGUGCACUGUCUGGAAUCUCCGAGUUCGCUGUCUGGAUCCCCGCCAAACACUCCUCUAUCGCCAUUGGUUUCGCCAUCAUGUUUGGUUUUGCUUCAGGAGCCUUCAUAGGCCUUUCCGGUGCCCUCCCCAUCUCAGUUUCCCCUCCAGCCGAGAUUGGCUACCGGCUCGGGGUCCUCCUUCUUGCCAUUUCUAUCCCAGCCCUCACAAUGGCGCCCAUUGGUGGUGCAAUCCUUCAAAAUUCGAGUAACGGCUGGCUGGACGUCAAAAUCUUUGGAGGCGUCAUGUGCCUCGCGGGAUCAACAAUCACACUCGUCUCGAGGUUGCUAUACACCGACAAGAAACUUCUGAAGGUGUUUUAA